ACUUCCAAUGGAGUUUUGGCCGAAACUUCAGGAACUCUUCCCUCAAGACUGGCCAAAACAUUUUCAAGCAUAUGAGGUGUUAAAAAAUCAGUAUAGAUUGGAAAAGGAAGGAAAAAUUUCCGGGACUAAAGUUUACAUAUUAGAUGACGACUGGUCAGAUGGUACCUUCAUAUUACAAGAUGCCGAACUUUAUACCGUUAUUUAUACAUUGGACGAAAAAUGCAAACGUCUACGUGAAGCUUUGUUACUCCUGGACUGGUCAAAGGGACCUAGGAUUCAUCCUUACCUUGGAAGAUUCAAAGUCGCCUUAAAUUCAGUUUACGAAGAACUUAAAUUACCCGUUUUAUACGACGGAGAUAUGUUAUGGCAUUGGAUUCACAGGGACACGGCUAUCAAUUUUAAUGUUGAGCAUCCAGAAGCAUAUGUUGACCAGCUUAAAGAAUUUGAGGCCGAUUACAUUAAUCAGUUUUGGCCCCACAAAUAUGAAGGAUCUGAAAAUUGGUUAAGAAGUCUCAUCAGGAAAAAUAUUUCAAAAGGAGUCUAUUUAAAAAGUAACAAUAAAUUAGUUGCUUGGGUACUAAGAAUGGACAGUGGUAUAAUAACUUCGUUGCACACACACCCUGAUUAUGUUCGUAAAGGGUUCGGUGCCCUUGCCUUAAAGGCAAUAGCAAAGGCAAUAGCCGAGCAGGGAAGCGAUUCUGUGGGAUGUAUUGUGAAUGGUAAUUAUAGAUCUACAGCAUUAUUCGACAAAUUGGGAUUUACAAGUCAAGGACCCAUGCACUGGUCCAAAACAGCGCCCUUCAAGACCUCGACAAACACCUACUCCAGAUUCAUAGAAUCACAAAAUACUGUUGCACGACGAGAAAGUAUUAAAUAAGGCUCAUUAAUACUUUAUAUUA